AUGUAUCUCAUUAGAUGCUGCUUUUGCUGUACAUCCACUUUAGGAUGUAGAGAUAAAAUCACUCGAAGUUUUGCAUUCCACCCGCCCAACCCACCAGGUUACAUUAUAGAGCAAACACAAGAUAAUUACCAUAUGCUGCUUAUAGAUGAGUAUGGAGUACAAACCAAGCCCAUUGAAGUUGGCUGGGUCAGUAGCGAAAUCGUCAUGCUCAGUACAUCUCGAAAUCAAAAUAUCCCAGCAGUUUACUUUAAAAACGUCCAUGCAAUUUUCACUGUGAUUUUUUCACAUGGAAAUUCAACCGACAUAGGGAUCAUGAGAAAUUUUAUAGCUGACUUAUCUGUUCAGCUUAAAGUCAAUGUACUAUUAUAUGAAUAUACAGGAUAUGGCCAAAGCACAGGGAAACCUUCAGAAAAAAAUAUAUAUGCAGAUAUUGAAGCUUCUUAUAAUUACCUUACAGAGGUAAGGGGCAUACCUUGGAAAUAUAUUUUACUAUAUGGACAGUCAAUUGGAACUGUCCCUUCAUGUGAAUUAGCUUCAAGGCAUAAAGUAGGAGGGGUUAUUUUGCAUGCCCCAAUUGCCUCUGCUUUACAGAUGUUUUCAAAAAAGCCUUCUUCGUCGCCUUGGUUUGAUUUUUUUUCGAAUGUCACGAAAAUUCCUUAUAUAAAGUGCCCGAUAUUUCUCCUACAUGGAAUUGAGGAUAGGCAGAUUCCUGUAAAACAUGCAGAGAGGCUUGCAAGCUUUGUAAGGCAUGAGUUUCCACCAUGGUGGGUAAAGGACGCGGGCCAUAAUGACAUUGAAAUUAAGCACAGAAGAGAGUAUCUGAAUAGGCUUAAGUUAUUUAUUGAAUCAAUAUUAGAACUUAUACAACUUCCGGAUGAAGAACUUGAUGAAAAGUUUAAGCCUUUUGAUAGAAAAAUUCCUCAAGACGAGUUGCCGGGUUUUAACAGUUUUAAUGUUUUGCAAGAGUAG